CCUAGACACCGUAAUUUCCAAGCACUUUCAUCUGUUAAUGUCUCAGUCUCAUUUAGUUAGCCAGAUGCGAUUUCGCCUUACUAAUUCACCCUUACAUUACAGGUGUCAAGAGUGGAUUCUGCGCAGUGGAAACUUUUCAUUGUUUGACUUGCAGCAGAGUCAGCUGCGUAAUAAAUUCCUUUGUGCUCUUCACUUCACUGACAAUUCUUUUAUGAAUGAGUUGAAAACAAAACUAGUAUUUAACUCUGUGCCAAAUCCAGAACCUCUGGAAGAGCCUGCAGACGUAGAAAACGAAGACAACAGUAGACAACACAGCGAUUACGAAAUGCACCAACAAGGAAGCUGUUCGCCACCUGCCCGUGAGCCAGUCCAUAGUUCGCCGGAUACGUCGCUGCCAACAGAUUUAACACCAAGAAAACGAAAGCUGACACAAAGAAUUAAUGAGCAAAAGUUAAAAUUGCCAAAGCAGAGGAAAAAACUGUGGAGAAUGCGACAUCUUGCCACGAAGAAGCCUGAUGUAAAAGCUGUGGCAACAGAGGCUGUUAAGCAUAUGUCUCCAAAAUGUGGAACAUUAUUUGGUAUGCAGCUUCUACACAAGCCUUUCACUCCUUGGACAGAAGCGGAGAGACGGCUGUCGUUGAGUUUAUUUUAUAAAAGUCCUGCUGCAUAUGACCACUUAAGAAGAAAAGUUGGAAUGAAACUACCUUCGAAAAAAGUUAUUCAGAAGUGGGUCAGUGAAAUGGAUAUUAUAGCGGGCACAGAAACUAAACUAUUUGAACAUCUUGUAGAAAAAGUGAAGACAAUGGAUGAUAGUUGCCGAGAUUGUGUAUUGGUGUUCGACGAAAUGAGUGUGAGGAAGUGUCUCAGCUACUGCGCUAAGUAUGAUGUCGUUGAAGGCUAUGAAGAUUUUGGUAGCCUCGGACAAGUUAUGACGUACAAUGAGUCUCGCAGUAUGUUGUCCUGCCGGCAGAGGCGACCGUACCUGCUACUAAGAAGUGCCAGCAACGACGAGUGGGAUACAAUCCCGAUGGUCCAUGAAUUUGAGCGUGCCGUGGUUGUAUAA